GGGGCUGUGCGAAGUGCCAUGAAGUGCUUGAGGUGGCGGCCCCGGCGGAGCCUGCCGCAGGAGGACGCCCUGCAGCGGCAGAGCCAGGAGGUGGCGAAGCUGAACAGCCAGAGGCUGGGCCUGCAAGAUGACCAAGACCUCAAGUUCCUCCUCAAGGGAACCCAGCUGCAGAAGGUCAAGUCGGGCUCCUGGAGGAAAGACAGGUUCUAUAAGCUGCAAGAGGACUGUAAGACCAUCUGGCAGGAGUCCAAGAAGAUGAUGAGGUCCCCAGAGACUCAGUUCUUCUCGGUUGAGGACAUCCAGGAGGUGCGGCCGGGCCACCGCACGGAAGUCAUGGAGAGGUUCGCGCGGGACACGCCGGAGCCACGCUGCUUCUCCAUCAUCUUCAAGGGGCAGCGCAGCAACCUGGACCUCAUCGCAGCCAGCGACCAGGUCGCGGGUCACUGGGUCAACGGCCUGGCCAAGAUCAUCGACCGCUGCGCCGCCAUGGACCAGAAGCAGAAGUUGCAGCAUUGGAUCCACUCUUGUCUGAGGAAAGCCGACAAGAACAAAGACAACAAGAUGAGUUUCAAGGAAGUCAAGAACUUUCUGAAGGAGAUUAAUGUGCAGGUGGAUGAGAGCUAUGCAAGGUGGAUCUUCAAGAAGUGUGACAAGUCCCAGACAGACUCCCUGGAGGAUGAGGAGAUAGAGGAGUUUUACAAGAUGCUGACCAAGCGACCAGAAAUCGAUGAAAUCUUCCUGUCCAUCGCGGGCUCUGCCAACACCCUGUCAGUGGACCAGUUGGUGCAGUUCCUGAGGCUGGAGCAGAAGGAGGAUGCAGACCCUGAGAUGGCCCGCUCUCUCAUCGAGAGAUAUGAGCCCAGCGAGACAGCCAAGGAGGUGAAGGUAAUGACAAAGGACGGGUUCCUCAUGUACCUGCUCUCCGCGGAUGGCAACGUCUUCAACCUGGCCCACAAGAGAGUGUACCAAGACAUGACCCAGCCUCUCUGCCACUACCUGGUGUCAUCCUCGCACAACACCUACCUCAUGGAAGACCAGCUGACCGGACCCAGCAGCACUGAGGCCUACAUCCGGGCGCUGUCCCGGGGCUGCCGCUGCGUGGAGCUGGACUGCUGGGAUGGCCCUGGCAAUGAACCAGUCAUCUACCACGGCUACACCUUCACCUCCAAGAUCCUCUUCUGCGACGCCAUCCAGGCCAUCAAGAACUAUGCCUUCAAGGCUUCCCCGUAUCCGGUGAUCCUGUCCCUGGAGAAUCACUGCAGCCUGGAGCAGCAGCGAGUCCUGGCCCGGCACAUGGAGAGAAUCCUGGGGGACCUCCUGGUGGUGGCGCCAGUCGACGGGAUGGUCGACAACUUUCCAUCUCCCGAGCAGCUGAAGGGGAAGAUCCUGCUGAAAGGGAAGAAGCUGAACGGCCUGCUGGACAGUACCGGGGCCGCGGGCACCGAUGCUGCUUACGUCUCAGACGAGGACGAAGCUGCUGAGAUGGAAGACGAAUCUGUGAAGAGCAAAGUGAACAAGAAGAACUCGAAGGAGUCUUUAAAGCUGGCCAAGGAGCUGUCGGACCUGGUCACCUACUGCAAGAGCGUCCACUUCGAGGAUUUCGAAGGGUUCGCGAAGGGCCGGCUCUUCUACGAGAUACCGUCGUUCUCGGAGAACAAGGCCCUGCGGCUGGUGUACGAAGAAGGAACCAGUUUCAUCCGUCACAACGCCAAGUAUCUGAGUAGAAUCUACCCGGCCGGCCGCCGGACCGACUCUUCCAACUAUUCCCCCGUCGGCCUGUGGAACGUCGGCUGCCAGAUUGUGGCCCUGAAUUUCCAGACACCGGGCUCAGAGAUGGAUGUGUACCAGGGCCGGUUUCAGGACAACGGAUUCUCCGGCUACGUCCUCAAGCCGGCCUUCCUGCGAGACCCCGCGUCCCGCUUCGACCCCAGAGAUCCCAGCAUGGAGGGGCCCUGGUGGGCUCCCAAGAAGCUCUCCGUCCUGGUAAUCUCAGGACAGCAGCUGCCUAAGGUGAACAAGAGCAAGAACUCCAUUGUGGACCCGAAGGUGACGGUGGAGGUGCUCGGGACGCCCAAGGACAGCACCAGCCUGCAGACCCCCAUGGUGGAGAACAACGGCUUCAAUCCCCGAUGGAACCGGGACCUCCAGUUCUACGUGAGGGUCCCCGAGCUCGCCCUGGUUCGCUUCGUGGUGGACGACUACGAUGCCUCGUCCAAGAAUGACUUUGUGGGCCAGUGCACUGUCCCCUUCACCAGCCUCAAAAUGGGCUACCGUCACAUCCACCUGCUGUCCAAGAACGGAGACCAGUACCCGUCCGCCACCCUCUUCGUGAAGAUCCAGAUCCAGGACAACUAAACGUGGCCAGGAGAGCGGGCGUGAGGGAGGCUGAGUCCUCUAUCCCCUCCCUUUUCUCCGACCUCUCCCCAUGCCAGGCUAGCAUCCGGGACUGCAGAAAAAGUGCCAAGAACUUCAUCUUCCCCUUCCCCUCUCCACCACUGGCCUCCCUGCUGAACUACAGGCUGUGGACCUACUGGCCAGAGCUUCAGGAAGGGAGAACUCUCUGGAAAUGAAACGUCCAUCAGGGCUGUGGAUGAGGCGUGGUGGAGCGGGGUCUCUGGGCACACAUGUCCCUGAUAGGCUGAGCUUGGGGCAGCUCAUGCUGGGGCAAGGCCAGGCCCCAGAGUGGCUUCGGCCAACGGUCAUGGGAUUCUGAAUUGAAUGAACGGGGGGAGGGGUAAACCCAAGUCCACCAAGGGUGCUUUCCUUCCACCCGCCGCUGACCCCAGCCUCUAAAAUACAACACUCCUGCUGCCCCCUGCUCCUCCAGGCCUCUGGUCCUCCUUCAGCCAGAACCCUGUCUUGAUGUCCCAGGCUGUCCAGGAAGAGGAGAGGGUUGAGCUGGGGCUGGGGAGGUGGAAAUUGGCAGGGGGGGUCUCACAGCUCAUUUGCUAGGAGAGUGCGGAAAGAUCCCGAGUAAUGGAAAUGCACAGAUAAUCCACAAACCUUUGCCCAGAGCAGGAACUGCAGAACAUGGUGGGGAAUGGACUGAAGGUUGGUAGGGAUAGGGAGAUCAACCACAAGGAAAACUGGAGGAAGGAGCAAGGGAGCUUUGUUAAUAGAAAGCCUGAAUAAUCGAGAUGACAGCUCUGCCUGACUCUGAGCUCCUUCAUGGUUCUCUGUGCUCCCUGAGAGAGGGGAAUACAGAUGGGGGGGGGGGUGGCGCUAGCCAUUUCCAUUAGAGUCCCCUCCUCAGAUCCCAUCUGAAGUUUGAGACAGGUGCCAGAGGUAGGUGUCAAAGCAGAAUCUUCCUGCUCCAUCAUGUUUCUAAUAGAUUCAAAACCUCAUUUUCCACCUAUAUUUUCCCGUAGCCUGGUUUCUUUAGACUUGUGUUUCUGCAUAGCGUAGGAUGGUCACCUUCCCCUGCCUUCCCCAGACUCAUUUUCCCUCCUCCGCCAUUGAUAUCUUAGCAACCCCCCUGCCCAAGCUUCUGACAAGUCCCAAGGCAGGUUGCAAGGGGCACUCUCUGGGGUCUGAGUGCCAGUGGAGUCAGGGUCUUUGGCCCCUCUUUGGCAGUCAGGAAACAAGUUGAGGG